AUGGCGACAUUCUACGCGUUCUGGUCAACAACUCGGCACAAAUCAAAUGCGAUGUCAGCUCCAACUUGCCGGACGACAAAGUGCUGCUCGUCGUUUGGUAUAAGAACAAUUUGCCCAUCUACAGCUAUGACACCCGGGGCGCCCACGCGGGCACGCCCUCGCAUUGGAGAGAUGAGGAGGUACUCGAGGAUCGCGCCGUCUUUCGCACGCACAAGGAGCCCGCCGAACUGAUUAUAAGCCCGGUCAAGGAAAAGGAUGCGGGCAACUUUCGCUGCCGCGUGGACUUUAAGCUGUCCCAAACCAGGAACAGCAAUGUCAACUUGGAAGUCGUGGUGCCCCCGCAUCAGCCGAAUAUUUACAAUGAGCGUCGCAUGCGCAUCGAUUCCCGAGCAGGACCCUACGAGGAGGGCGGCAGCCUGGAGGUGACCUGCGUUGUCUAUGGCGGUAAGUAAGCGAGCUUUCUGGCA